GGCGGCGGGACAGCGACUCCGACUCGGGGGGUGGGGCGGGGGCGUUGGCCAUGUUUCCCUUCGGGCCCCACAGCCCGGGCAGCGACAGGGAGGCUGGGGCGGUAGAGCCGCCGCCCGGCGCACGGCCGGCCGCAGCCUCCAGGCCUCCCUCUCCCGCUCCGCUGCCUGCGCCUCUGCAGCCCGGAGCUGACGCGGCGCCUCCUCCGCCGGCCGCCCGCAGCCCUCGCCGCCCGGGCGCCCCCUCGUUGUCCCCGGCCGCGUGCUCUGGAGAGCUGGCGGCCCCGGGAGCUCUGGAGCGGUCCGCUUCCCCGGCUCAGGGAGAGCUGUCACCGCCCUCCUCGCCGCGCGGGCACUCGGGGCCCGACUGCAGGGCGGGGAGCCGCGGCUUCCAGGGCCUCAGCGCGGGCCUGGGUAGCCCUGGCGCCAGACUGUUCGGGUGGCUGAGGGAGCGCAGCCUGGGCCGCGGGCUGUUCGUGGAUCCCGCGCGGGACAACUUCCGCACGAUGACCAACCUGUAUGGCUCCAUCCACCCCGCGGACUCCGUGUACCUCAGCACCCGCACCCACGGGGCUGUCUUCAACCUGGAGUACUCGCCCGACGGGUCAGUCCUGACAGUGGCUUGCGAACAGACUGAGGUUCUACUUUUUGACCCCAUAUCUUCAAAGCACAUAAAGACACUUUCUGAAGCUCAUGAAGACUGUGUGAAUAAUAUCAGAUUUCUUGAUAACCGGCUGUUUGCUACCUGCUCUGAUGACACUACAAUAGCACUAUGGGAUCUGAGAAAAUUGAACACCAAAGUAUGCACUUUACAUGGUCACACUAGCUGGGUGAAGAACAUCGAAUAUGAUACUAAUACAAGACUCUUAGUAACAUCAGGAUUUGAUGGAAAUGUCAUUAUUUGGGACACUAACAGGUGCACAGAGGACGGGUGUCCACAUAAGAAGUUCUUUCACACACGUUUUCUCAUGAGGAUGAGAUUAACACCAGAUUGUUCCAAAAUGUUGAUCUCAACAUCCUCUGGAUAUCUCUUGAUUCUGCAUGAUCUGGACUUAACUAAGUCUUUAGAAGUAGGCAGCUAUCCCAUUUUGAGAGCAAGAAGGACUACAUCAAGUUCAGAUUUGACCACUUCUUCAAGUUCUUCUGGUCCUAGAUUUUCUGGUUCACCUUGUCAUCAUAGUGAUUCUAAUUCAUCUGAGAAACACAUGUCACGAGCUUCUCAAAGAGAAGGAGUUUCACCACGAAAUAGUCUUGAAGUCUUAACUCCUGAAGUUCCUGGUGAGAGAGAUCGUGGAAACUGCAUCACAUCCUUACAGCUGCAUCCCAAAGGCUGGGCCACCCUUCUUCGGUGCUCAAGCAACACUGAUGAUCAAGAGUGGACUUGUGUCUAUGAAUUCCAAGAAGGCGCUCCAGUGCGACCUAUCUCACCGCGCUGUUCCCUACGGCUGACUCAUUACAUUGAAGAAGCUAAUGUAGGGAGGGGCUACAUCAAAGAACUUUGCUUCAGCCCUGAUGGACGAAUGAUUUCUUCCCCACAUGGCUACGGGAUUCGCUUAUUGGGAUUUGACAAACAGUGCAGUGAACUUGUUGACUGUUUACCUAAAGAAGCUAGCCCCUUACGGGUGAUCCGAUCUCUGUACUCUCAUAACGAUGUGGUAUUGACAACAAAGUUCUCUCCAACACAUUGUCAGAUUGCCUCAGGGUGCCUUAGUGGACGGGUCUCUUUGUAUCAGCCAAAGUUUUAGGCACAACUUAUUUCAAAUAAGGAACUCUUCUGGUGUUUGACUUAUAAAUUACUUCAAUUUAGGUGAAGUAUUUUAUAUUUUAGAAGAUCUUAUAAGUUUGGGUCAAGAUCCUGGUUCUUACAGGCCCAUGAACACAUCUAUGAUCUGAGUACUUGGCCAUCCAGCGUCACACGGGCAUCUCUAUUUAGACUAUGCAGCAUCGUUUUUCAGCAUUCCUUUGCUCCUGCUGUCUGCCACUAAACUCCACUCUGGUUAUUUUGCAUGGCAGCUCUUGUUAAGUUCUCUCCCCCUUUCACAUCUCUCCCUUUCUUCCCUUUCUCCUUCCUCCCCUUCCUCUUUUUGAUCUUGGCAAGAAUUUGUGGACAUUUGGCAGGAGUCUUCACUGGGAUUAGAGAAACCCAUGGCACUAGUAUUGAAAAAAACCCAGAAGUUGGAUGUUGAUGAACCAGUUGUUGAGAAAGAACCUUCAUCUUCAUUUAUCAGUAUCCUUGGCCUUUAAAGUUGCUGUUACAUUUCUCUAUAUUGAACACAGAUAAUGACAUUGUUCUCAUAACUGUUAUUUACUCUUGCAACAAAAUGUCUUUUUAAGUUUUCUGUUAAAAUUAUGUAAGUUUUCUCAAGUGAGAUUUUGUUGUGAAAUUCUAGAAAAAAUUAUUACAAUCUGUUUGUAAUUUAUUUUACUUGUAUGAAUUUUAAAUCUCCAGCAUGUGUCUCUGCUUGGUAUUUUGUUCCUGGCAGCAACAUUGGAAAGGAAAGGAGAAGGAAUGGGCUCUGCUGCUUUUGCUGUACAGAAGAGGAUUUGUUAGAUUAAUAUCUGGCCAUGGCGUGAUGAGAAUAAUGUGACUUUGAUUUUCUGUGAUUCUUUGAAUCACACGGGAUGAUGUGUUAACAGUAAUGGGGUGGAGAGGAAAUCAAGUAAAGAUUUCAUUGUUUUUCUUCCUUCUGCUGGGGAUCAUAAGCUCAUGAUAAGUAAGAAGGGAGCUACAGUCUUCUUUAAGCUGUUAUCAUAACCCUUAUAGUCAGUGACUUGAAUGGCACUACUAAGAAUACCUUUUUUGUGUUUUGUUAUGCAAAGCAUCAGGCAAGGCACAAACACAGGCUGCCAUCCUGAACAGGCCACUUUCUUCCAGUCUCUUCUAUGCCGAAUGGCACUGUGUUGAGAUUUGCUAGACUGGAGUAAGUAAGCCAUGCAGUAAGUAACCUUGUGCUUUGGUUACCUGCUCUUUAGGCCAGUGGUUCUCAAAUAUUGGGAAGCAUUAUAAUCGUUAAAGGGCUUGUGAAAAAUGCAGAGACUUGGGCCUGACCUUAGAAAAUUCUGCUACAGGCAGGGCAAGGACAGGCAUCUGUUCUAAACAGGAACUUCAAGUGAUCUUUAUUCAGAUGAUAGUCUGGAAAAUACAACCUUGAAUUGCAGUAAAUACUUAAAUAUCCAUUUGGUGCAUAACUAAACAAGUCCCAUAAGAUGUUUUGAUUAUUUAAAUAGUAAAUAAUAGCAACUUUAGGGGUAGAAAACAACUUGAAAUAAAGUCAGUUUCAUUAUUUGGUAAAUGAAGUCAGAUGACCUGCCUAAUCUUGUCAAGGCCAAGUUAGUGAUAAAGCCAGGACUUAAUUCAAGUUCCUUAAUUCCUUGCUCAGGGCAAUUUCUACUGUAGUAUGUAUGCUGGCUGGCUGGCUGGCUGUUAAAAAUCAGUAAUUGUGAAUACUUUGUCUUUGAGUUACAUUAUUAUGAAAAAGAUGACCAAUGGAUUGAAAAAGGCAGGCAUGUGAGUAGAUGCUGAGAAUUUUAUUUCACAGAAGAAAUUUCUUUUAAAUCUUAUAGAAAUGUUUAGACAACCCAAAUACAUUUCUUUGUAGUGCCUGGCAAACAGCUGUUCAUACACAUGUUAGAAGUUAUAUCUCUCUUAGAACAAUGUUGACUCUGGGACAAUUUUAAAAAUUAGAUUAUUUUAUCAUAGAUGUUGAAAAAAACUGGAAAUUUUGCAGUCAUUGAAAAAAAUUACCACAAAGCACAGUGAAAAUCAUAGGCUUGCUUGCCAUAGCUUUGUAAAAUAUAUAUACAUAUAUAUGUUUUUUUCAAGAAUAUAAUUUUGGAGAAAGAUAGCCAAAGUUGUUAUCAUUAAAAAUAAGCUAUUAUAAUAAUUAAAUAGAUAUUUCAAAGAAAAUUGUAUAAAUUUUAUGUUUGGAAAGAGUUCCUUAUCAGAUGGUAGAUCCACAUGUCACCAAACUCUAAGCCAGUGAUUUUUAAAUCACUAUUUUUGAAUGUCUACUAUGCUUUAAGUAUGUGCCUGCUUUACUACUUCUCCUCCAAAACCUUGUAAGGUAGGUGGAAUGAAAUCCUUGUUAUCCUGAGAGUAGUAAUGGAUCAGAAAGGUUAAGUGACCUGCCUGAAGUCACAGAACUGACCCAUGGGUACCAGCACUGGGAUUCGGACCCAGGCUUCCCUGUUUGUUUGCAUCCAAAGACUGUGCUUACUGCUGUGCCAUUCUGCCUGUUUGUGAAGGAUGGUAAACUGGUCUGUUAAUUUAUGUUUAGUAUCUUCUGGAAAUAUUUUUAUUAUGAGGCUGGCCUCAUCUUCUGUACCAAGUUAAACAUUUUUAAAACAAAGUUUCUAUGAGAAUAAAGAUCAUAAACAUAGGGCAUACAUACAUACAUACAUACAUACAUACAUACAAACAUGUGGGCCAUCCCUAACAGAAAAAACUAAGCAGGAUACAAUACUUGUGAUAUAGAAAAGAAAAUGGAGGAUCAGUGGCCUUGCAUGAAAAUAAAGCCACACUGAUGAGACCUAACAACAGUCAGAAAUUCACCAAAAGAAUCCUUGCCCUCUCUAAGGUAUGGUCAGGACCAAAAAGUCAUCAGGGGCUAAGCUGGAUGUGGUCCACACCUUCAAACCCAGCAAUCAGGAUCUCUGAGUUUGAGGCCAGCCUGGUCUACAUAGUGAGUUCCAGGCCAACCAAGGCUAUAUAGUAAGACCCUGUCUCAAAAACAAAAACACCCACCGUUUUAACCAAGGAAUUAAAAGGCCUUAGAAUUAAA